AUGGCGCCGCGUUACCAUAAACGGUUCCCGCGUGGCGACACGUGCUCCGAAUGUCCUGCUAAGAGGUGGUAUCUUGAAAACGGCCGACGCUACUGUGAGAACGGCCAUCAAGUAGAGGGUUAUAUCCAAUUCGACGUCGACGAAGACGACAACUUCGGCAAAACCGGCCGCGUCGCUCGUCUGAAAAAAAAGGCCUCUCGCAGGGGCGAGCGCAAACACCUCACGGGAAACGCCGCUCGCGAAUUGUUUCUCGAGUGUUUGCAGCUUCUCAUCCGCAAACAGGUGCUCUGGUUGGUGCAGCAGAAGGGCUUUCACCCGGAAUUAGAGGCGGUCGUGAAGGACUUAUGGGCGUUGCGCCUAAGGGCGCUUCCGGGACUGGCAAGAAAGGGCGGGAAGGGAGACAGAGCCGAUAGGGGCGGCGGUGUCGGCGGUAACGUGGAUGAUGGGAAGGCGGGGUUAAUGCUGUUCAGUUCCCAGUCGGCAGACGCGAGCGAUGAACAAGGAGACGGGGGGGCGGUAAAGGGGAUGGGGUGGACGAGGAAGAGAAAGAGUUGGUCGACUGACAUAUGGGCACUCCCGGGGGUCAUGGAUACGCUGGCCUUGGUGUAUUUGGGGUGUGUCACUCGGCAGGAGCCGGUCAGAAUUGGGGACUUGUUUCGGUGGGCAAAGAAUAGGCAAAUACCCUUUCUUAGUGCGAUUGAUCAUAUCCCCAAAGAGUGGCGGGAUCGCUUGCCCGGUUGGGCGCAUCACGCUCUCCUGACGAGAUAUGCGAAGUUCCAUGGUGGCGAGCUUCACCAUGCGAUCAUGGAUUUAAUGUUAGGUUAUAAGGAAAACCAUGCGCUUGUGUUUCCUGCUAUACCAGCACCGCCUUUGCUAUUCUCAUAUAUCCAAGACUUGGCUCUUCCUCCCGAGAUCCACUCCUUCUCCCAGAAACUAUGCCGGUUGUCUAAAUUAAGUUUCUCUUUUCCGACUCAGGAGACAACACAUAAACGACACAGGUUAAUCGAUAUACCGGAGGUUCUCUUGAUGGCCUCUAUCGUCGUGGCCACGAAGUAUUGUUAUCCCCCCGACUCAGUGUCAAGAUUUCCCCGAAGUGCGGAUGACCCCCUCUGCACUAAGAUGGAUUGGUUGGUUUGGGAAUCAGAAUUCGCCGUGGACGAGGAGAAAAGGCACGGGCUGGUACAGUACGAGCAGAUGGACCCGCAGGAAGUUUGGUCCAUGGACAAAAACGAUAUCACUGAACUACUGAAUUGGUUUCAGGAGACACAGAUCAAAACAAACGUAGCGGAUGACACUGAGUUACACCGGCUCUUCCCGCUUCAUGAUGUCGUACCCCUAGCAACUAUCCCUGAAAAGUCUCGGGAAGCAGUGGAGGAGAGAACGAAGCGGGUACUCGGAGCUACGAAAAGAGUCCGGCCGGUGCAAGACUCGGAAAGCGCGAACAGCCCGAUCAAACGGUUGGGUUCUGAUUAUCAGUUUUACAAGGAGACGGACGAGCUUGAGGGUGUGGCAAAGCGGCUGCACGAAGUCGCAGCUGAGGCUGCGGGGCUUUCGGUAUAUAAUCUCGUUCGGGCGGUUUACACUCUCGAGCAAACACUCCUUACAUGGCACACCCAAGAGAAACGACGAUCAAGAGCGGAAGAGAUUUUGAUGCCGACCGGGAUUAAAUGUGGGCGCCUCAAAAUUCCGGCGACAAACCCUACUCCCCCAGUCGCAGCCGAUUCUUACCCCCACCAAAAUUUCCAGCUCACUGGAACUUUCCCGUCAUCCUCACCAGCAAGUCCACGGAAAUCGGUCAAGAUGCAGAUCUUCGUGAAGACCCUCACGGGUAAGACCAUCACCCUCGAGGUCGAAUCCUCGGACACCAUCGACAAUGUCAAGUCGAAGAUCCAGGACAAGGAGGGCAUCCCGCCGGACCAGCAACGCCUGAUCUUUGCCGGCAAACAACUCGAGGACGGCCGCACUCUUUCUGAUUACAACAUUCAGAAGGAGUCGACCCUUCACCUUGUCCUCCGCCUCCGCGGUGGUAUCAUUGAGCCCUCCCUUAAGGCUCUUGCCUCGAAGUUUAACUGCGAGAAGAUGAUUUGCCGCAAGUGCUAUGCUCGCCUCCCCCCUCGUGCGACCAACUGCCGUAAGCGCAAGUGCGGCCACACCAACCAGCUCCGCCCCAAGAAGAAGCUUAAAUAA